CUUCCCUCGUUAGUCUCUCCGGAAGUGUCUGUCCGGCAACCAUUUUAUGUUGGGUCCCUGAGUUCAUAAGAAGACCGCCGUUCACGACCAGUUAAUUGCCCACUUCAUUGCGCGCAUCUAUACUUGCGGAGUGCUUUGCUAUCGGUUCAAUUACGCCUUCUGCUACUUCGUAAUAACCGGAUCCGGAUCGUGAGGGUGAGGCAAACAAUGGCUGCCACACUCGACAAAGAGUCCAGCAUAGUCAUUUUGGGUGGAGGUACAUGGGCGUGCUCAACGGCUCUGCACCUCGUCCGCCGCGGCUACUCUAAUGUCACUGUUCUGGAUGCUUACCACAUUCCAUCAGCCAUAUCCGCUGGAAACGACGUUAACAAAAUCGCGGAGCUAGCUUCACCCACCGAUGAUGACGAUGCGGACUCCGUCGCGCAAGCCGCGGCGGCAGCUGCUGCGCAAGGCUGGAUUCAUGACCCCAUCUUCUCACCAUAUUAUCAUGACACUGGAUUCAUCGUGUCUGGAUCAAGUCCCGAGGCGCUGGGGCACGUUAUUGACUCUGAGCUUCGCGGUCAUGAGGAUGAAUACGCCAAGCUCGACUCGCCCGAGGAUUUCCGAGCCUGCAUGCCAGACGGUGUUUUGACAGGGGACUUCCCAAACUGGCAAGGCUGGUAUAAGUCCAAGGGUGCUGGUUGGGUUCAUGCUCGGAAAGCGUUGGUUUCAGCCUACCAAGAAGCAGAACGAUUGGGCGCCAAGUUCAUCACUGGCUCACCGCAAGGGGAGGUUGUCAGCUUGCUUCAAGAGCAUGGAGACGUUAGAGGAGCGAAAACAGCCGACGGCCGCGAGCACAGGGCCGACCGAACGAUUUUGGCUGUUGGUGCUUCUGCACCGCAGCUUGUCGACUUUGAGAACCAGCUUCGCCCGACCGCCUGGACGCUCGGGCACAUCAAGAUGACGGGACAAGAAGCCCAACUGUACAAGGAUCUGCCGGUCCUUUUCAACGUUGAAAAGGGAUUCUUCAUGGAACCCGACGAGGACAGGCAUGAGCUAAAGAUCUGCGACGAGCAUCCGGGAUACUGCAAUUGGGUGACAGACUCGGUCUCGAGUCUACCCAGGUCCGUGCCCUUUGCAAAACAACAGAUUCCGCUUGAAUCGGAACAGAGAAUCAGACAGUUCCUAUCGGAAACCAUGCCGCACCUGAAAGACCGACCAUUGGUACACGCACGGAUCUGUUGGUGCGCGGAUACUCACGACAGGGGGUUCCUCAUCACCUACCACCCGGCGCAUCCGUCUCUCGUUAUUGCAGCUGGGGAUUCAGGCCAUGGAUUUGCUCAUAUCCCUUCCAUUGGAGGAUUCAUCUCUGAUUGCCUCGAGGGCAAGCUGGAAGCGCGGUUUGCGAAACACUGGCGCUGGCGUCCUGAGAUUGCUGAUGGCUUUUGGGGAAGGGACCCGCUGGAUAGGUACGGCGCGGGAAGGGAGGUAAUGGACUUGCCGCAGCCAUCCGACGAGACGCGCUGGACUCAGAUUUCGAGAGCUCACGAUGAAUCAUAAUUCUCUCUCGUCAAUGCGGGGGGCAAAGUCUAGCGCUCGGUGUAUUCCUCCACCAAGCUUGAAGUUGGACGACACCGUGGAACGUUGCCCCGGCUUACCCUCUGGCCAUUUGGCGAACUCAUGCAUUCCAUAGAGACUAGAGCCUGUCGAUCCGGCACGGCCGUUCGUCUCGCUAGCCAGUCUAGCCCGGCUUCGGACCGACGGUUGUAACCUUGAACAAAGGUAUCAAAGCCC